UUCCUGAAUUUCACUUUGCAAUUUCCUGUUCCGUCAUGGGUCCACGAUUCCAUAUGAGAACAUUUUCUUGACUCUACAACCUUUUGGUAUCAACAGCCAACAUGUUCUUCAAGAAGUCCACCGCUGCGGCCGCGGCUGCUUUUGCUGGAGUUGUCGUCGCCCUCAUUGACGGAGGUGCCUGCGCUGAGAAGCAAGUCAACGCUCUCCGUGAGCGCGAUGAUGGAAUCUGGACCACCGUGUCUCUCACCACUACCGUCUACGGUACCACUACCCAGACCGUCCAGUUGACUGCCGCCGAGGUGACGAGCACCUCCUGCGAGACCAUCACCUAUGAGACUACUCUCAGCCCUGUCGAGACCGAGACUGGUUCCCCCGUUGAAGGCACGUACUCAUCCGUUGCCAGUCCUGAGAGUACCACCACCGAGACGUCUACUAGCGUGGCUUACGCCACCGAGACCUCCACCGUCGACACGUCCAGCAGUGAGACCUCCACCAGCGAAGCUUCCACAACCACCGACGUCACUAUUGUCGUCCCGGCUUCGACUGUUAUUGCCAACACUACCACUGACUUGAUCACCUCUCACGUUACCGUCACCGUCAAGAGCGGUACCCUCACUUCCACCAUCUGGGCUACUGCUUCCGAGACCAUCAGCGUCACCAUCCCCAGCAGUGGCUUCCCCCUGCCGAGCUACAACUCCACGGCUACAACUGUGGCCAGAACCACGUACACCAACACGACCACCGUUGGACCUGCCACCAGCUUCUUGUCAUCUUACACCUAUCUUUCCUCCAGCACUCCUGCCUCGAUCGGGGUUACCACUACCGGCUACGGCAGCCCUUAUGCGUCUGCCACCGUCACUGCUGGAGCUGCCGGCAUGAAGGCCAGCAGUCUACUCGGUCUCUUCGGUUUCCUGAUGGCUCUGUUGGCAUAGAGUUGCGUCUUUCCUGCCUCUUGGACAUUCCUUUAGGGAAGCCAUGGAUAGUAUGACAAGGAUUAUGACAUAUUCCAUAUCUUAUGAUCAAUCUUGGCUCACUCCGCGGGUGUUGGUAUUGCCGUA